AUGUCUGACCCACACAGUCAUGAGCUCCCAGGCUCGCUCAACGGCACCGCUCUCCUCGACCACCUUCCAGUGCCCUGCAUAUACUUGACGACCGACCAUCGGAUCGCAUACUACAACACUGCUGCGCGAGACGUCAUUCGUGCAAAGGGCAGCAUUGAGCAGCAUGGCACGUCCUCCUCGUAUACCAGCAUUGCUCGAUCCAUACUCGAGACGGAGUUUGUCGACAUACAAGUCAAGAGCAAACAUGAGCUGGAGCAAGGCCUGAACGAUGUUGCUACAGCCUUUGGUGACGCUAUGCUCACCACGGGCGAUCAGAAUCAAUCACGACUAAAUGGUGCUGAAGGCCAGGCGCACUCAAUAUCACUCCAGUCUGGACCCACAUCCAACUGGCAAUGGACACUGUCUUCCUGUGUCAUCGACACUCUGCCCUUUCUCUGCCUCACGGGAAGUGUACCGACUCCACCUCCUUCGUGGAAGACCACCGAGCUCACUAGGAAUGAGGAGCAUGAGCUGUUUCAUUCCCUUGCUGACCCCUCAUGGCGAGAUGUACCUUAUGCUACCAGCUUGAUGUAUGCCGACAGCAACACUUUCCAAGUCAAUGAACACGGCCGUGGAUCUCUCGGCGAAUUGGCAAGGGCCAUGACCGAUGGUGAUGAGCCAUCGGAGCAGCAUUUGAAUGUAUGGGACGAAGCAUUCAACGAUCGCAAGGCAUUAUCGGACGCUGCUGGUCCCACCACACUCAAGUCGCGCAAAGGCAUCCUUUCCUUGAAGUAUGGCCUCGAGGACCCAACUACUGGCGCACGAAGCAUAAUCGACAGCACGUGCACCCUCCUGAAUAACCCUUUCAACGAUAAACCUCUUGGAGUCAUCAUCCAGGCGCGAGAGCCCCAGGAGUGGGCCAAAUAUAUCGAGCAAAAUGAUAUCCUCAGCAGAUCCUACUGGACCACUGCCGGUGCGAGACCCAUCAUGGUGCGAACGAUGAAAUCUAAUGGCAUUAUCGAUUACUUUUCAGACUCGUGGGAGGCAUUUGCAGGCCAUACCAGGUCCAGGUUGUGUCAAGGCUACUGGAAGGAGUGUAUCCAUCCUGACGAUCUACCUAAGUUGCAGGCGGCGGUUUCGUCCAGUAUAAGAUACGUGCAUGUAUCCGACUGCAAAAUUCGCAUAAGGCAUCGCGAAGGUGGUGCGUAUCGUUACUUUACGGAUCGCAUCGUACCUUUCAGGGACUUUGGCGACCAUAGCAACAGGCAGCGCUGGUAUGUUAUAACCACCGACAUCCACGAUCUGCUGAUGAGGCAAAAGCUGGCCCAGCGCUCCACGGAGCGCUUGUACAACCUGGUGAACAACAUGCCCGUGAAUAUGUUCACACUCGAUGAAGAUUUAUGUAUCAGGAGUUCUCAAGGUGCACUGAAGCUCGAUAGCAAAGGCGGGAGGUUGUACGAAUCUGUCGACUACGAAGGCAGAGGCUUGCACGAAGUCGUCGGGGAACUUGCCAAUACCAAUGGCAUCAAUGAGGUGGUUGCGGAACUUGAAAAGGUUGCAGCCCGCGAACUGGAUUUCAUGAUAACUGAACACCAAGUCGGCGGCAAGUAUCUGCGCACGUUCGCAGUGCCCGAAGCCGACGAGGAAGACUUAUUGGGAGCCGGGCGGAAAGCUCGCCGUGGAGUUUUGGCCUUGACGAUGGAUCUUACAGCCGAAGUGUCAAAUGAGAAAGCCAUACACAAGAUCAAGAUCAUGCAGGAGGCAGAGCGAAUGAAAGACCAGUUCCUGGCCAACAUGUCGCAUGAGCUACGAACGCCGAUUGCGGGACUGCUGGGCAUGACCGAUCUACUCAUUGAGACCGAAUUGUCUCCAAAGCAGAGCGACUACGUGCACACCUUUCAGUCAUCCGCAAGGAGUCUUUUGACCAUUGUGAAUAACAUUCUGGACUUCUCCAAAGCACAGGCGGAUGCCAUCGUGCUGGAGCGGCUCUCUUUCGACUUUCCAAGACUUCUACAUGACAUCUGCAAUACAAACGAGAACUUGGCGAUGAAAAAGGGUCUUUCCUUUCAUCUCGAGACUCCUAGCGAGCCGUUGACGCUGCUUGGUGAUCCAGGAAGGAUCAGGCAGAUCCUUCAGAACAUGAUCACCAAUGCGAUAAAGUUCACAAGCACGGGAUACGUCAAGCUCAGUGCAUCCUACGAGCAGCACGAUGGCAUUGUCAAAGUUAUAGCUGUGGUCGAAGACACUGGCAUCGGCAUCGAUGAUGAGACCCUCAAACGCCUGUUCAAGCCCUUUGUGCAAGCCGAUCAAUCGACUACCAGAGUCUACGGCGGAAGCGGCCUCGGCUUAUCCAUCGCUCGCAAACUUGCACAGGCGAUGGACGGAGACGUAGUGCUUGAAUCUCAGAAGGGACGAGGCACUAAAGCUCACAUAAUAUUGCAGCUCGAGGGCCCACAACAGUCGACAUCCCGCGAAUCUCUCGCAGGGUCUUGCUCUACUUCUAAUAGAUCCAACAAAUCCCAGGACGAUCAAGCACACGUCUCGAACCUGCUCGAGGACGCACACAUACUUCUAGUGGAAGAUAAUCUUGUGAACAAAAAAGUCGUCCUGGCGCAUCUAGAAAAGCUAGGAGUCCGGCAUCUGGACUGGGUUGGGAAUGGUGCCGAUGCUGUUGAGUACGUGGAUGCUGCUAUGAAGCAAGAUGGAGGGCCGCGAUCGCGGGUGAGGCCCGACUUAAUCUUGAUGGAUUGUCAGAUGCCGGUCCUUGAUGGCUAUGAUGCGACGCGGCGGCUGAGGACAGAGCUGAAGUAUGAGGGACCUAUUGUUGCGCUUACUGCGAGCGCGAUUGAAGGUGAUAGGAAGAAAUGUUUGGAUGCUGGCAUGGACGAUCAUCUCAUCAAGCCUAUGUCGAGGAAGCAGCUCAGUCAGACAAUUCAGAAGUGGCUGUCAAGCAGCAGGCCUGCUGCCUAA